AUGGGCUCUCUCCCAGCAGCCGCCACCUGGACCGACCGCGCGGGCCCCGCGGGCGCGGGCGGCGGCAACCUGAGCGCGGCGCUGGCCGCGGGGGCGGCGGCGGCGGCGGGGGCCGAGUGGCUGCAGCUGCUCGGGCGAGCGGGCAACCUGUCGGCCUCUCCGCCCGCGGCCUCGGCGGCGCCGGCGCAGCCCCGGGCCAACCUCACCAACCAGUUCGUGCAGCCGUCCUGGCGCAUCGCGCUCUGGUCCCUCGCCUACGGCCUGGUGGUGGCCGUGGCGGUCUUCGGGAACCUCGUGGUCAUCUGGAUCAUCCUGGCCCACAAGCGCAUGAGGACCGUCACCAACUACUUCCUCGUGAACCUGGCUUUCUCCGACGCCUCCAUGGCUGCCUUCAACACCUUGGUCAACUUCAUCUACGCGCUUCACAGCGAGUGGUACUUCGGCGCCAACUACUGUCGCUUCCAGAACUUCUUUCCGAUCACGGCGGUGUUCGCCAGCAUCUACUCCAUGACGGCCAUUGCGGUGGACAGGUAUAUGGCCAUUAUUGAUCCCUUGAAGCCCAGACUGUCUGCCACAGCAACCAAGAUGGUCAUCGGAAGUAUUUGGAUUCUAGCAUUCCUACUUGCCUUCCCUCAGUGUCUUUACUCCAAAAUUAAAGUCAUGCCAGGCCGUACCCUUUGCUAUGUGCAAUGGCCAGAAGGUCCCAAACAACAUUUCACUUACCAUAUUAUUGUCAUUAUACUGGUAUACUGCUUCCCAUUGCUCAUCAUGGGCGUCACAUACACCAUUGUUGGAAUUACUCUUUGGGGAGGAGAGAUCCCAGGAGAUACCUGUGACAAGUAUCAUGAGCAGCUAAAGGCUAAAAGAAAGGUUGUAAAAAUGAUGAUAAUUGUUGUGGUGACAUUUGCCAUCUGCUGGCUGCCUUAUCAUAUUUACUUCAUCCUCACUGCAAUCUAUCAACAGUUAAAUAGGUGGAAAUACAUCCAGCAGGUCUACCUGGCUAGCUUUUGGCUGGCAAUGAGCUCGACUAUGUACAACCCCAUCAUCUACUGCUGUCUGAAUAAAAGAUUUCGAGCUGGCUUCAAGAGAGCGUUUCGCUGGUGCCCUUUCAUUGAACUUUCUAACUAUGAUGAGCUGGAGCUCAAGACCAUCAGGUUUCACCCGACUCGGCACAGCAGCCUGUAUACGGUAACCAGGAUGGAGUCCAUGACAGUAGUGUUUGAGCCCAGCAAUGCAGACAACACCAAAUCCAGUCGGAAGAAGAGAGUGACUCCAAGAGAUCCAAGCUUCAGUGGCUGCUCCCGCAGGAAUUCCAAAUCUGCCUCCACCACUUCAAGUUUUAUAAGUUCACCCUAUACAUCUGUGGAUGAAUAUUCCUAA